AAAAGAUUCCAUUAUUCCAAACACAUCUCUCGUUUGUUCGCUAUUUCUGAGUGACAUACAGUACAAGUUUGUUUAUUUCUUACCCUGAGAGCGUCUUUUAAGAGCUGAGGAUAAUAUACCGUGUACUGGUGAUCAAUAAAGAGUAGAUAUUUUACCGUGAUGUUGUUAUAAAUCCAACCUAAUUCACCCUGACCUAACCUUAGUAAACAUGGAUAAGGCAGAUUAGAUUUAAUUUGGUUGGUUCGAUUUAUUUUAACAGAUUUUCUCGGUAAAUUGUGUGUGUGUGUGUGUGUGUGUGUGUGUGUGUGUGUGUAGUGAUAGCCGACAUGCCAGGUCGAGUUUACACGAGCAAUGGUUUAAGGGGCUUCCUUUAUAACACUCCACAGCUGGUUUACAGUCAUGCAAGUGAACGGUAUAAGGACAGUGGACGCUGGUGUACCUAGACACUCCCUGUACCUGCUAGGAGUCAUCAGCGUUGGUGCUCCUCGAGGAAAAACUUUAACAAAAAUCAUUUCCUGGUGUCCUGUGAUUCGCGACGACGCAUCAGAGUGAGUGAAUAUUUCAGUGAGUCAGGUCUUCCUCGAGCUCACCUAGCGACGACCUGGAGACGAUUCUGGGACUUCUCUUGCAAAGUUCACUUUUAGUCUUGAUUUAAUCCUCAGUGGAGAAGAUGAGAGGCGGUGAGAAGUGAGAAAGACAGAGUUAGAUUGGUCAGACAGACUUGGUCGCCAACAUGGGUCGCUUCGGUGUGGGUCACGGGGCGUUUGCCAUCCGAGAUCGUCGACGGCGGGCCCGUCGUGCGUCCCUCAAUGAUGGCAGCAGCCAGCACCACCACCAGCGGUAUCCCGAGAACUACAUGCACUUCUACAACCUACACCAGCAGCGUAAGAAUUCCGUCACCUCCAGCCAGAGCGCUCCGGUGAAGGGCACCGCCGGUGGUGAUGCCAGCACCCAGCCCGACCUGGCCAUCAUACCUGGCCAGAUGCCUCCCAGUUACGACCAGCAGGAGACCAAAAGUCUGCCAGGGGGGACUGAGAUCCUCCAGCCUGGACCCUCCUGGUGGCCUGGCCCCCCGCUACAGCAAGGUGGGAUUGUCCUGACUCCCCAGCAUGGCAGCGCCGUCGCCCCUCCCCUGAAAGAUCGUUUCGUCCUUCCUGCCCUGGGAGGAGACGAGAGCUCCUCACAGCAGAACACCGAGAAGGGUCUCUUGUCGGGUGUGGUGGGGCUGUUCACGGGGCAGGACACCUGGACACACAUCCAGGACCGUCUCUUGCCUCACCUGCAAAGAGCCACCAGACCACCACCAGGCUCAUCUGACGGUGAAGCAGCCACCAAAGUCAACCAUCGCGUGUCAUUUGUAGAGGAGUUACCAAACGGGAAGAGUGCCUGGGGAGGUAAGGUUGGUGACAAGAAACGGGCGUCAGACGCUCAGCGACGAUGGAUGAACAAAAACAAGGUGGGAGACGCAGCCGGUGGCGGUACCCUGGAGAAGAGACCAGACGGAGAGUACCGCCAGACAGGGGUCGUCAACAUCGUGCUGUAUGUUGGCCUAGGACUUUUCGCUCUAGGACUCACCAUUACCUUCGUCGGGAUAGGAGAACACGGUUUUAAGUCCCCUGAGCUGCGACUCAUAGGACCCAGUCUAAUAGGAUGUGGCUUCCUCUUCUGCUUGUUGCGCCUCUUCUUCUGCUCACCCCCCGCCUGCUGCCGCAAAAACAAACCGCUGGACGAGAAAGCUUUGUUGUCUCCAUCCCGCGAGACCCUAGCUGAGGACGCGACGACGGAGGGCCAACAGGAGCAAGGCCAGCAGCAGGUUCCUCAUCCCUUGGAGAAACACGAAGAAGAGGAUGACCAGCAAGAAGCUCUCCGCAUCACCUCCAAGUCAGCGAGACGGAUCCACUCAACCAUCCCCAACUUCAUCGACGACGAAGGCGAAGACGAUGCAGCUUUGGGCCUCCACGUCGAGUACAUGGACGAGAUCAGUGAAGGGGUCACGCCCAGACAACGGCUGGGUAGUGGAUACAUGGGUUCAAGGCCUUCCUCCUCUCAGAGUCGUGUGUCCACAGCGUCGAAAGUGCCCAGACUACCAGACAUUCACACCAUGAGAAGACAAAACAGUGAGAUAGUGCUCAAUCCCGCAGCGCUCGAGAGAAGUGGCGACUGAGGGACCGGACGGAACAACAUUAAAAAAGAAAAAUCCUCCUUUUUACUACGUAUAUUAAUCAUUGUUUCAAACUAUAACUCAAAUCAGAUUAGUGACAAAUCUUGUGCUGGUUUGAAGAAGUACAAUCAGGCGAUGUUAGAGUGUGAAAUGGAGAAGUGGAUUGUGACGGGAAGCUGUGAGUUUGUAAAAACAUUUCGGUAAUGCGAUUCCGUUCAGAGGUGUUUAUUGUUUACACUCGCUAGACACGUCUCACGGAAUGUCAACAAACCUGGAAACAGCAGCGACUCAGUGACUGUGAUACCCCCCCCGGCCUUCACCAACUCCACUCUCCUCAGCAUGAACUACCACAGCCAAGAAACAAGCUACUGCAGAACCAACCACCUAGCACAUGGUACCUCUCAACCACUAACUGAGGUUCAAGAUGUGGUUUUGGACAGUGGUUCAGGCUGGCGCGAAGGUUGGCUCGGACAGAAGGACAUACAGACAGAGGGACACCUGACUUGUCUUCUAGAAGGGCAUAAGUAGCUGGGGAAUGAGACAAAGAGUGAAGAAGAAAACAAAAUAACUAUCUAGCAUUUUCUAGUGCAACUUAAUGAAUAUUUUGAUAUUGGUGAUAAGUUUAGAUUGGAUAUUAGUUGUUUUUAAUACCAUAUCGGGUGGAAUGAGUGGUGGUGGGCGCCGCCCCUCGACAGACAGUACACCAUCACGGCGGCGAGUCAAGAAACAAGUGAUGAGGACUAUGUUAAGAAAUGUCUGCAUCUUGUAUCCCCUUAAAAUCGAAUCAAGUGCCUUCUUAUUGGCUAAGAGACCCAAGACGUCACUCGUGGGAAGGUUUCGGUUGUCUCAAAUAGUUUAAUUGCCGUAAUAGUAACCACCCCACAAUGCCAGCACUACCGACCAGUAUCACCUGGCUGACGUUCGCCCCUCCUACCCAUGAUGAUGUUCGCCCGCCCUCAGCCUGCACUGGUAACCCACUUGUUGUAAGCUUCAGCCACAAGGAAGAAGCUGACAUGUCGUAUAGCCAGGCCAGACCCUGAACUAAGACACCAAUCAGGAGUUUUGGUAUAUUGGUCACUGUAAUAUUCCUUGGUGUCGGUACAGUGGUGGUGUUGGUACAGUGGUGGUGUCGGUACAGUGGUGGUGUUGGUACAGUGGUGAAUGGAGACUAAUUGAGGCGCUUAUUGUGUUCCUGUCCUGAUUGACGUGCGUAUGUGUACAGUAUGUGUGUGUGUGUGUGUGUUUGACCAGCUCACAGGAACAAGGAGAGGA